AUGCACCUCACUCCUGCCGUCUCUCCUUUGCGUCCCCACUGUAGUGCGGUUGACCGUCUCAUUCAGUGGCGCCCAGAGAACACUGCCCCGCACUCCAGCACCACGCUUUCCCCAGCUGAUGAAGACCGCAUAAAAGACAUCAUGGGCCGUGGCUGGGAACGUUCUACCCUGAGUACAUAUGCUGCAGGCCUCCUCGCAUUCCACGUCGCUUGUGACAAUAAGGGUUUCCGUGAGGCUGAGCGCGCACCUGCCUCCACGGACGUCAUAUUAUACUUCAUCUCUGUGCUCACAGGCACUUAUGCUGCUGGCACCAUAAAAAACUAUCUAGCUGGCAUCAGGGCCUGGCACAUUAUUCACCGCAUGCCAUGGACCCUCGAGGAUGAUCAAAUUGAGGUCAUGAUCCGGUCUGCCAAAACCAUGGCCCCUGUGGCUUCCAAACGUAGACAGCGAGAGCCAUACACCCCCAGCAUCCUUAUCGCUAUCAAAAAGGAACUGGCCUUGUCCGAUCCCCUUGACGCGGCUGUGUGGGCUUGCGCAACUUCGCUUUUCUAUGGCGCCGCACGGGUAGGAGAACUGACCAUCCCAAAGCUUGGAGCCUUUGACCCAGAACUCCACCUCCAGCGAUCCAGCAUCACCUACAAAGCUAGCCGCAAUGGUGACGAGGUUACGGAGCUUUUCAUUCCCCACACAAAGACAAACAAGGCUGGCGAAGCAAUCUACUGGGCCCAACAGAACGACGAGUCCGACCCGCACGCCGCUCUUUCUAACCAUUUGUUCAUAAAUAACCCUCGCCCAGGCGAGCAUCUUUUUACCCAUACAGUUGCCGGGUCGCGCCGCCCCCUCACUAGAAAGAUAUUCCUCUCCCGCAUCUCUGCUGCUUCCACCGCCGCCAAGCAAAAGCCACUUCACGGACACAGCUUCCGUAUUGGAGGCACCUUAGAGUAUUUGUUGCGGGGUGUACCCUUUGACACCAUGCGGGCCAAAGGCCGCUGGGCCAGCUCUGCUUUCCUUGUCUACCUGCGAGACCACUCAGAGGUCAUGGCGCCCUACAUGCAAGCCAACCCUGAGGUGCACAGCAGCCUUUUCCACCUCACUGUUCGGCCCGAACUAGCACGCACCCCCCUUUGA